AUGGAGAUAACAAAUCUUGAAUUAUUCCUUGGUAACAGUAAUAGAGAAAGAAAUCUUUAUAAAUUGUACAUACAUAGCGAUUCUAUGAAAAUGUAUAUUUCGUAAAAUUUUCAUCAAAAUUUUAAAACAUGUGGUGGGGAUACAGUAAACCGCUAGAUUUACAAGUUGAAAUGACACAGAGAGAAGGCUCUGUUUUAGAUAGUCUUGAAGUAUUGAUUGUAGGUUCUGGUGAUGCACGGCACAUCGUGAAGACGCUAGCUUCAUCUUACACACAUCCUGAUCGAACUAUCACGUAUCACGUUAUCGAACCAACUUUGGAACAAGUUGCUAGAUCGAUACUUUUAUUAAGUCUUUGCUUAGAAAAAGACUUAGGACUGCAGGAAGCGACGCGAUAUUAUUUGGAGAUUUUAGGGAAUACUCUUUUGAGACCAUCUACUGCUAAAUAUUUGGCAAGAUGCGCUAAACAACUGAUCGAUAUUCCGACUCAGACCAUCGACUGUCCAUGGUUAAUGUUAGAAAAAUUUAAGCACAAGGAUAGAGAUAAUUUGGAAACCAUUUUUAAAUUCUGGGCGCGUGCAACACGCGAAGGAGUUCCCAUCGUGAAUUAUUGGGAUCGCAGAAUCAGGAAAUUAUUAAAAACGAGAUACGAUUAUAGAGAAGGCGUUUUUGAUUUUGAUUAUUAUAUGAUUUUAAAGCCCAGAUGUAUCACUAAUCUAACUAUACAAGAAUAUAGAUUUUGGAGAAAUAAUGGAAUAGCUUUUACAUGGCUCGAAGGAGAACCAGUCAGAGACAAUCCAACUUUGUUAAAUAAUAUAAUUCAAUAUGGACCUGGUUUUUUACAUUACGCAUAUUUGGGAGACAUCGUAAACGGCCCCUUUUUUACUUGGGCUACUGUUGAAAAAAAUGAAGAGAAGCUUAGAGCAACUGACAUAGCCGAACGUGAAGUAAUGCGUGUAAUUCAUGAAAUAAGAACAAAAGAACCACUUUAUGAGGGUCACGUCGGUGCUCACAGAGAUGCUUCAAUUUUAAAUGGUAUUAUAGUGAGCCAGAUGCCGGACAUGGAAAUGGAAAACGAAUCGUGGAUAGAUACCAGAGAACAGGAUAAAAAAAUUUCUUGGGUGGAAGUACCAAAUCACAAGAUAAUUUUUCAUCCUGUAACAUCGCUGGAGUCUCUCAAGUCUAAAUGUGAAUAUGUAAAUAGAUUCCAUCUGAUUUGGGUGGCACAUAAUAUGACAAAACAAUUAGCAAACUUGAUACCGUUGGCAUCUACUGGUGCACCGGUGAUUGUGGAAUUGCGUAAACACAUGGCAGAUCUUCGCGAAGAGGAUCUGCAGAACUUUACCAAAGAACUAAAAGAUAUCGCGCAAGAGAAUGGACUCCGUCCGCUUUACGACUUUGACUCUAAUAAACAUACUUUUGCUCGUUUCUGCAAAGAUUGAGUCACGAGUAGUUAAAUAAUCUUAAUAUAAAGUUACGUAUUUAUAAAUAUAUAUUACACAUAUACAGUUAGAUUAAAAUAAAAGGUUUAAUCAAAGAAGUACUAUCUAUUAAGAUAUUAAAAUAUAGAAAAUAAAACAUCAGUUUAAGAUCAAGUUAAAAAAAUAUAUAUGAUUUUCAAUCUUUAUUAAUUAAAGGCAAUCUUUUUUUUAAACAAUAAUUCUUUUAACGUUAUUAUAGAUAGUAUUUAAUACAUGAAUUUUUAAUAUGCUUUAAUGUAUCAGCAUUUAGAAAUUAAAUUAAUAUAUAAAACUCAAA